AUGGUGUCGCCAGAUGUCGCACAGUACAAUCUCCAUCCGUGGGCCAUCAUCGUGCUACCAAUCCCUCUAGCUGUCUUGUCAACCAUCGCAAUCUCAAUACGCAUAUGGAUUCGAUGCGUUCUUGCUAGGUCUUUCGGUCGUGAUGAUGUGUGUUUGAUCAUUGCUCAUAUCUGCUUCCUCGCUGCUUGUGGAGUGUUCAUCGCCAUUGGAGUUACUGAGUACAAUGAGGGUCUUGCUCCCAUCGUGAAGCUUGCCAUGCUCAGCAUCUUGGGCAUUGCGUUGUAUCUACUAAACCAAUGUUUUUUCAAGCUCUCGAUGGCCUUCUUCUUCCUUCGCAUCCCGAACAGACGACUGCACCGCUGGAUCAUCAUCAUCAGUGUCACAAUCUCUAUCAUCUUCAACCUCGCCCUCCUCGCCAUAUCAAUUGGCCAAUGCGGUAACAUCGCAACCAUCGACCUCAACCACCCCCAAUGCCUCAGCUGGAAGAUCCAAGGACCACUCAACUACUUCUGUGCAACUCUAAACGCCAUCGUAGACUGGAUCUUCGCCGCUCUAGCCAUCUACGUCGUCCAAGGCCUCAUGCUAGACAACAGAAGUAAAUUCUCCGUCUACGGCAUCAUCCUUCUCGCCUCAGCAGGCAGCAUCGUCAGCGUCGUCCGCAUCCCCUACAUCCCCGGUCUCCGCCUCGACAAGUCCUACUACUCCCAAGAAAAUGACGUGAUCGCCUACACCUCCCUCAUCGAAUCCGCCAUCGGCAUAAUCGUAGCCUCCAUGUCAGUAAUGCGACCUCUGAUCACCAAACUCCGCGAACGAGCCAAGAUCGCACUCUCCUCGGAUUCCAGAUCUAGAUCUUCACAGAAAAAGUCACUGCAGAAACAGGCGCCGCAGAAGAUUGAUCUGCCGCCGAGCGGAGGGAGUGUCAAGUUGUAUCAGGCGUUGCCGGAUCCUACGCCUACGCAUGUUGAGACGGAGGUUAUGAAUAUCGAGAUGGAUUACCUGAGUUCGAAGUCUAGAGAUGUUGAGAAGGGGACUGGUGCUACGGUUAUCCAAGAAGAGCGGUUCGGGACUUGA